CAGAGGCCUUGUUAAAAAUGAAAGAAGGAAGCUGAUUGGUUGCUAUGGGCAACUGGGCAACAUUUCCUCUGAGCAGACCAAUCACUAAGAGAGUCCACACCUCAGUCCUGAGGAUAUAAACCCUGCAGCCCCCGAGCUCCACACAACACCCCGAGCACAGACAUCACUGAGAAGCCUCCAGAGACCCCCAAAGACAUCACUGAGAAGCCUCCAGAGACCCCCAAAGACAUCACAGUUACAGACGAGGAUGAGACACAUGAUCCUGGCCGCGCUCUGUAUGUGGAGCUGUAUAAUGACUGUGACUCCGCUGCUAACUGAGGAGCAAAUAGGAAGAGCGACAAACUACAUCCAGCAGCACCUCACUAAGGACUUUAACUAUCAGUAUUCCUACUUUGUCAAGUUCACUGAAGAAGAAUGCAACCGAGGGUUAACCUAUGACAUCUUACACAAGGCCCUGAAAGGAGAAAAUGCUGACACCAUAUACCAGCAGGUAGACGACUAUCACAUCUAUGAAGGGAAGCGAAUGGUCGUCUCUUCAUACGACACCUUUGAAAAGAGCAACAAAAAGCACACCCUGCACCCCGAAUAUCGCCUGCUCAACCCCGACUUUCAUUCCCCGAUCAGCCGUCUGCUGACCGACGGGCUUUUUGCCGGUUGCAGCAUAUUCUAUACUUUUUUCUCCCCAUGUACCUCAAAGUGUUCCCUACCUGAUGGGAAUUAUAAUAUUAUAGACAAACUCAGCACAAUUGUUGGACUCCCUAAAGACAGGGUCUUCAUAUUCAAACAAGUAUAUCAGCGGGAUACAAAGCAGCCGAGCAUGGUGGUCUGGGACUCCUGGAAAUCGCUAAAUAACUACAUCCGACUGCUCCGCUGUAGUGAAAACAACUGCGUCCAAUGCUUUAAAAAUGACAUUCCCCAAUAUCAUUGUUAUACUGGUUCCCAGCAGAGUAAAACAUUGGAUUUUUAGCUCUGCAUCCAGAUAAUGUAAAAAAUUAAAUAAAACAUAGU